AUGGAGCACGCUAGAUCCUCAGAGGAUUCGAAUCCAAAUCAACAAGACAUUCGGCGACGAGUGCCUGAUAAAACUCACAGUGGAUCUGCCGAAGACAGUGACAGUAAAUCGACGUAUUCACAAAAUAAUUCUCAUCCAUCGAAAAAAGGCCCCAUCAAUGGUAAUGAUGAUGAUGAUGAUAAUGAAAACUUAAUCGAUACCGUACUCGAAGUUCCAACAAAAUGUGUUGAACAAGCACGCGAAGUUGGCAAACGUGUUGUUCAAUAUGUUGUCGAUCAUAGUCAUCUUCCGAAUUGGCUGGUUGAUAACGAAUUUCUUAUUUCUGGUCAUCGUCCACCAAUGCCAAGUGUUAAAGAAUGUUUCGCAUCGAUCUUUCGACUCCAUACGGAAACGGUUAAUAUUUGGACACAUCUAGUGGGUACAGUCAUUUUUAUUAUUAUUGCUGUUAAUUUUAUUUCACGACCAUCGAGCGAAGUUCAUAUUGAAAAAAAAAUUACGUUUGGUGCUUUUUUUCUCGGAGCUAUUCUUUGUUUAUUAUUUUCUACAUUAUAUCAUACACUCCAUUGUCAUUCACCGAAGGUUGCGAAACUUUUUAACAAACUUGAUUAUUGUGGUAUAUCAAUAUUGAUUAUUGCUUCGUUCAUUCCAUGGCUUUAUUAUGGGUUCUAUUGUGAAUUCGGGACAAAAAUAGCCUACACAUUGAUAACUGUUUUAUUAGGAGUUGGAUGUAUUAUUGUUUCGAUGUGGGAUAAAUUUGCUUCGCCAGAGUAUCGAACAUGUCGAGCACUUCUUUUUAUUGCAUUUGGUCUUUUUGGUUUCAUUCCAACAUCCCAUUAUGCAUUAUUAUUCGGUUUUAAACAUGCUUUUACAACUGGUGCUGCUCAAUGGUUAGUCGUCAUGGCCGUCUUGUACAUUACAGGAGCGUGCCUUUAUGCUGCUCGCAUACCCGAACGAUUAGCUCCUGGUUACUUCGAUAUUUGGUUUCAAAGCCAUCAGAUUUUUCAUGUAUUUGUGGUAGCUGCGGCAUGUGUUCACUUUUAUGGGAUAUGUGUACUUUCACUGCAUCAAUCAAGUAUUGGUGAUUGUCGUGAACGUGCAGUACCGCCAAUCAGCAGCGUUCUCAAUUCAAUGUUUUCUUGA